AUGUUGGAAUUUAAUAACGAAUUUAAAAUUAGUAUGGUUGCUUUACGUUGUAUUCAGGCUCAUCCAAGUAUACCUCGUGAUAAAAAAUGGGUUGCGAAAUUUAGUUUUAUAAUUAUUGCAUCUAGUGUCUGCUUCAUCUUUCUUAUUUAUUCAAUCAUGUUUCAUGAUAUUCGUGAUGCAAGAUAUACGGAAGCUAUUAAAAACGGAUCGAUGUCAAUCGUGUGCUUGAUUAUUACUUUUAAAUAUGUCGUACUCCUCCGACAUCAAAAUUCAAUUACAAAUUUAAUUAAAAUCAUUAACGAAGAUUAUUCAACAACUGAUCAAUUCACACACGACGAAAAGCAAAUAAUACUAGAAUAUUCAAAAAAGGGAAAAAAUGUUUGCAAAUUUUGGCUUCUAUCGGCAUCUUCUACUGGUGCUCUGUUUCCCUUGAAAGCUCUGUAUUUUAUGGCGCGUUCUUAUUGGCAAGGAGAUUUUAAACUUGUUCCAAUGUUUGAUUUGACAUAUCCAAAAAUUAUAGACAUGUAUAAAGAUUCCAUAAAUGUAUUUUUGUUGUUAUUUCUUCUUUGUUUGUUUUUUGACCUUUAUGCAUCCGCGAUGCACAUUGGAUUUGAUCCUUUGGUUUCUAUAUUUCUGUUACACAGCUGUGGGCAAAUAGACAUAUUAAGUCGUCGUAUGGAGAAAGUGAUAUCUGCGACAAGAAAUGAAAAGGAAAUGAAAAAAAAAUUAAGGGAUAUUAACAAAAAGCUACAAGCAGUGCACAGAUUUGUUAGUUCUGUACAAUCGAAUUUUAUGGAACUCUUUGAAUUCAAUAUGAAAACUACAACAUUUUUAUUACCCUUUUCUGCAUUUCAAAUUAUUCAAUCUCUCCGACUUUUAGAACUCAACAUGGAGUUUAUAUGUUUUUUCUCGAGCAGUAUUUUACACUUCUUUAUGCCUUGUUAUUACAGUAAUCUUCUAAUGGAUAAGGGACACAGUCUGCGAGAAGCAAUUUACUCAUGCGGCUGGGAAAAUACACCAAAUAUUCAAAUAAGGAAGACCGUGUUAUUUAUGUUAACCAGAUGCAAUAUUUCUCUCAGUAUUAGCACUAUAUUCUAUCCGAUUAACCUUGGGACAUUUGCAGAGAUGUGUCGUCAAGCUUACACGAUAUUCAGUGUAAUGAAUGCGGCCUGGAUAUAA